AUGGCAGCCGCAGAGCCAGGGUGGAAGGAUGCGAUCUUGUCAUGGAGUUUGCGCAAGGCGGGGAAGAUUGGGAGUAAAAGAAGGCCGAAGGUCCUCAAGGCAAAGAUGGAAGAGCUGCUGGAGGUUCUAGAAAGUUCAGAUAAGGGCUGGAAUCAAGAGCACCUGUCCAGGGCUGUGUCCCUCAUGAAAAUCACCCCCAGGAGAAAGAAGUUUGACCACUGUGCCAUCAUUAAGUUCCCCCUGACCGCCGAGUCAGCCAUGAAGAAGAUUGAAGACAACUGCACACUUGUGUUCACUGUGGAUGUCAAGGCCAACAAGCAUCAGAUCAAACAGGCUGUGAAGAAGCUCUAUGACAUUGACAAGCCCAAGGUCAUCACCCUAAUCAGGUCUGAUGGAGGGAAGAAGGUACAUGUUCGACUGGCUCCUGACUGUGAUGCUUUGAAUGUUGCCAACAAAAUUGGGGUCAUCUAA